AUGAGUGCUGAGGCUUCAACGGCGGCGGAUGCGUCGGCGAAGAAGUUGACGCCGGUGUAUUUUGUGUCGCAUGGUGGGCCAAAUGUAAUGUUCGAGACCGAACACCCCGCGUUUGGGAAGCUCCAGGCAAUUGGAAGGGAGAUCACGCAGAAGGUGAAGCCAAAGGCCGUCGUUGUGUUUUCGGCGCAUUGGCAGGCGGGACGCAGCUCGGUCGAGGUGAAUACUGCGGAGUUUACAGAGCUGAUCUAUGACUACUACGGCUUCCCAAGCCACUACUACAAAGUAAAGUACCCCAAUGUCGGGUCCAAGGAGCUCGGGGAGAAGAUUAUCGGCCUGCUGAAGGACGCUGGAAUCUCUGCGGAGCCCACAAAGCGUGGCCUUGAUCAUGGUGUUUUCGCACCUUUCACUUGCAUGUUCCACCCCGAAGACAACCCACUGGGCGUCCCCCUAGUCCAAGUCUCCCUCUUCGGGAACGAAGACCCCAACAAGCACUACGAGCUCGGCAAAGCCGUGUCCAAACUGCGCUCCGAGGGCGUCGUUGUCAUCGGCUCCGGCAUGGCCGUCCACAACCUCCGCGACUUCAGACUCGCAAUGAUGUCCCCGGGCCCGCUCGAGUACUCCAAGACAUUCGAUGCGGCGCUCAAGGACACUGUGGUGAAUGUGGGCUCGGGCGAGGAGCGCAAGACGAAGCUGGCGGAGGUGAUGAAGAGGAGUGAUGCGAGGAAGGCGCAUCCGACUUUUGAGCAUCUGCUGCCGAUACAUAUUGCCUCGGGCGCGGCCGGCGAUGAUAAGGCGACGCAGCUGUGGACCAUGCCCGAGGGGAGUAUGAGUUGGGCGCAGUAUCGCUUUGGGGAGGUGUCGUUGGUGGCUUAG